AAGUGUCUUCACGCAUGGAGCCCUCAUCAUGAGGGCACCACGUUGCGUCGGAUACUGUACAGCUGCCUUGCCACAGAACCAAUUGUCGGGAUCUCGACUUUAGGCUGUCGUCUCGCUGUUCUCCACUGAUGCUCCAUGUCAAAUUUUCGAUCUGACGGUCCUGAAGCUGGCUGUUUUUAAUCGGCCCUGCUCGCAUGUCUCUGCUGCUCGUCUGGCGCAAAAAUUCCUGUCAUCCAGUCUGCACACUGUCUCGUCUAUGCUGAUGGCCGAUAUCCUUACAACAGGAGUGGUUCCGACAGUCGGUGUCUUGUUCUGGGGAGUCCUGCGGAUAGACCUCGCUCUCGCCAUAGUUCUUUCGUUCGUUGCAUUUCUAUCUCGCAGACAACUGAUCGCACGACGCGUUAAGCAUGUCUUGCCUCCUGGUCCACUUCGUUUGCCUUUCAUCGGCAACUUACUGCAAAUCCCUCGAGUUCAUCCUUGGUUAACGUACGGAGCAUGGACAAAGCUUUAUGGCGACAUUAUAUAUCUCCAAGUAUUCAGCCAACCACUGGUAGUCCUGAAUUCAGCAACGGUAGCACAGGAUCUGCUAGACAAACGAUCCGCGAUCUAUUCUGACCGUCCCCGCUUGGUCAUGGCUGAACUUUCCGGAUAUGACCAAAUAUUUUCCCUUCAACCUUACGGCAAUUACUGGAAAGCUCAGCGCAAGCUUGUCGCGCACGGUUUCAAUCAGUCGACGGUGCCCAGAUAUUGGCCUACACAAGAAAAUGAGGCACGCAAGCUGGUCCAGGAUAUCCUCGCUGAUCCGAAGUCAGUAAUUAGUCAGAUGGAAUACAGGAUCGCAGCAAUCAUAUUGGAGGUUACUUAUGGCUACUCCGUGAAAGGACACGACGACCCAAUGAUUGCCACACUACACACCUUCAUGAACAACUUUAGCGCGGCAACUCUGCCCGGGGCGUGGCUUGUUGACCUCGUUCCUCACCUCGAGUGCUUACCCACUUGGAUGCCUGGAGUUCAAUUCCUGCGUACUGCAGCGAGUUGGAAAAAGCUUUCGCAGAAAAUGUCAUGGUCGCCGUAUCUAUGGUGCAAGGAGAACGUGAAUAACAGCAUCACUAGGAUGCCCAAUUUCUGUGCUACAACGCUCCAAUCAAAAGAUGGAGUCAUCUCUUCAAAAGAAGAGGCGACGUUGGUUCCCGCUGCGGUGACAGUGUUGGGAGGAGGGUUUCAUACGAAUCUGUCGACUAUCUGCAUCUUCAUCCUCGCCAUGCUCCACUAUCCUGAUGUCCAGGCCAAGGCGCAGGCAGAGAUUGACACAGUCAUAGGACACGACCGGCUUCCCGAUAUCAGCGACAAGGAAUCAUUGCCCUACGUCAGGGCCCUUAUCACUGAAGUAUACAGGUGGAUUCCCGCUGUUCCUCUCGGUCUCCCACAUGGAUUGACCGAAGAUGAUGUCUACAAAGGAUUCUUGUUCAGGAAAGGCACGGCAGUCGUUGCAAACGUCUGGAAUAUGCUACAAGACCCUGAAACCUUUCCUGAUCCUACGGUAUUCAAACCGGAGCGCUAUCAUGGAGAUGCUUCUGAGAUGCGCAAAGUCAUCAACCUCGCAUUCGGAUUCGGAAGGAGGUCGUGCCCCGGACUUCAUUUUGCCGAAGGAACAACCUUCGCAAUUGUGGCGACCAUGCUCGCAACGUGCGAUAUCGUUCCCGCGAAAGAUGCGUACGGCAAGGACAUCAUCCCCGAGCUGAAGUAUACGAGCGAAACCGUCAUAUUCCCGGAGAAUUUGCAGUGCGAUCUGAAGCCUCGCUCUGCUCGGCACAAGACGUUACUUGCAGAUUCGAUUGCGAUGUCAUGAGGCUGGGUCCCACUGAUACACGAUCCGCGGGCAUAUAGUGCGAAGCGUUAACAGGCGAUGUAUGACACGAAAUUUCUCGCGUAUAAAUUCGCAUACAAUGAUUGUUCUUGGAAUGAUUCGAUCGGUCGUGUUGGUUCUGAUUCGAUGUACAGGACUGCUUUUGUCAAUCCUAACUACGUGUAGGGUGGAGCCAUGCAGGUUUUUUUUCGCUUUCCGAUCGUACUCCGCUGUGGCUGUGGUGGCGCCACCGAGUCCCUGCCUGUAGCUGCCUGUACCCUGCACAGGUUGCACGGCUUCACCUAUAACGUCUGGUUACGAGACUAAUGGAACACAGCUUAGGAUGAA